CAACUUUUGAAGUAAAAGCUUUCCUCUCAUCAUCACAUCUCCUCUAUUUCAAUUCAUCAAUACCCUUACAAUCACACUAAAAAAUUUCUUGAAUUCAACAAUCAUGGCCAACGAGACCGCUACGGAUAAAUCAAAGACUUACUUUCCUCUCGCUGGAGGAGCAAGCGAUGGUUGGAGCAAUGAAGAGGAAGCGACAGCCACAUGCUUCUGUGGUGCUGUUCAACUAUCUUUCGUAAGUCUAAUUGCACAACUUCUUAUCUUCCUAGAAGAUACCCACCCUUCAAUCACUCCUCUCGCUAGCUGGUUUCGGCGCUAAUUCUACUCCUCAGCCAACACAAGGCUCUGGUUUAAUCAGCACAUUUGUCUGUCACUGCCAUGACUGUCGCAAAAUUACCGCUUCAAUGUUCGCAUCCAAUUUCAUCGUCGCCGAUACACACAUAAAGCAUAUUCGCGGGCGUGAAAAUCUGAAAGUCUACAGUCAAUCCCACACAAUCGCCACGAAAAACACCAUGGCAAAUCAUUUCUGUGGAACAUGUGGUUCACUUAUGUAUCGUAUCGGCUCAGGAUUUCCGGGAGCCAGUAUUUUGCGAAUUGGAACCGUGGAUGAUUUUAAUUUGCAUGAGACGAAGUUGAAACCAAAGAUGGAAGUCUUUACUGAUGGGAGAGUGGCAUGGUUGAAAGAGGUGGAGGGCGCGGCCCAGUUUCCAGAUGGGAAUGUAUCAUUUCGUUAAUGCACCGCGUGGUAGUAUGUGGAUGAUAGGAAUGGACCUGGUUCAUCAUUUGAACUGGGAAUGAGAUUUUUACAAAGGAGCAAAGAGAUAUGAAGGCGUUUGAGACAGAAAUAAUCGGGAAUAGAUAUAUAUGGUGUUAAGAAAUUGAGCACCGUCGACUCUAAAACUUUGCGCAUUCUUUCGUGAUGAUUAUCGUCAUCAAUUAUUUCCUCAUUUUCUCGUGAAACAGAGAAAUAGUACAAUCAAGCAACUACAUAGCGUUUGGAGUCCCGCUAUCAAUUAACAUUCGGGA